AAAUAAUUUGAAUUUAAAUUUCAUUUUGCUCCAUUCAUUGUAAAGCGAAAAUUAUUUUAAUUAAUCGAAUUAAACGAUUUAAAGUGGUUAUUAAUGAGUUAAUUAUCCUUAAUUGUGUUUAUAAAGACUUAAAGAAUCGUAAUUUGUACAAGUUUGCAAAGGAAAUUAUCAAAAAAGGUAAGUUAAUUCGUCAAAAAAUAAAGAGUAAAAACAGUGCUUUCCGGAAGUUCAAAAAAAAUAUCAGUGAUGGAUUCAGAUUUAUCUGAGGCUCAUGAGCCCAAAAUUCCGCCAUUAAUGGGUCAAAAUUUUGGCCAGAAAUCAAACUUAUUCUCACAACCACCUCCCAAUUUCACUUCAACUCCAUCUUAUCCGUCAUAUAUGAAUCACAUACAACAAUAUGCGAGUAGAAUGCAAUUGCAACAAAUGUCAAAUGCUGGUGGCUUCUUUCGUCCACCAAACUUUAAUAAUCAAUCGCCAAAUAGUUUAUUUAAUAAACCAAUACGAUUUAAUAUAAAUAAGCAAGGUACGAAAGUUAAUCCAAUUAUGCGACAACAACAACAACAACAGCAUCAAAAUAAUAAUAAUAGUAAUAAUAAUAUGAUGAACAAUUCAUUCAUGAACAAUAAGCCUAAUCAGAACAUGAUGAAUGCUUUCCAAAACUCGAAUGCUAAAAAGCGUAAAAAUAAAAAGAAGAAUAAAAAUAAGAAUAAUAACAAUAAUAAUAGUAAUUAUGAGGAUAAUGGAUAUAACAGUAAUAAUAUCUCAAUGCAACCGCCAUUACCACCUCCAAUUAGUUUUGCAAAACCACCACCGCCAGUUCCAACACAAUCUUCACAGGGACAGAGUAAUCAGUCUCAAGAUUUUUCGUCAAAUCAAAUUAAUAAUGAUACAGCGAAAAUCAGCGACUCAAUCUCCGAUAAUCUCAGUCAAACUGGUGAAAAACCUGUUAUGGAAUGGCCAGAAUCUUUGUAUAAUUAUGUUGCUCGUUGCUACAUGAAAUGCACGACUCCAAUUGACAAGGAUAUGUGUGAAAUUAGCUUAAAAGGGAAAAUUACAAUGGCAGCAAAUCGUGGCGAACUUUUUACAAAAGAUUGGGACAAGGAACCAAUGCCAGUGCUUCAUAGUGAUCGUUUACAACAGCAAACGUCUCCCCAAAAGCCUGCAAAUAACAUGUUUAAUAAAAAUAAGAAUGUUGUUGCAGGACAAUUAGCUAAAUAUCAACAGCAAUCACCGAGCACGUCUAAAAGACCAUCGUCAUUUGAGGAUCGUUUUGGAAAGACCUCAAAAAAGCGACGAUCAUCGUCAAGCUCUCGAUCAAGGAGUAAUAGUCCAAUUAAAAAGCGACGAAGUGAUGAAGAUGAUGAUUAUGAAGAUAAAUACACAAACAGCAUUAAGCCAGCUACUAAAGCUAGCAAGAAAAAGGCAAAGAAAGAAAAACAAUCUGCAUUCUACAGUAAAUUUGGUGCCAAUCAAGUUGGAGGUUUUGUUGAUUCAGCAGAUACUGAAAGACUCAAAAAAAGGGCUGAUAGGUUCAAUGUUAAGGCAAAAUCAUCACCAACAGCUAGUUCGUCGUUCAAUAAGAAACGACUUACAAUGCCUUCAUACUUUAAUCCCGUUGUUGACGAUUCUGUCGAUGACUCUAUCGAUUUUAUGAACUUGCACAUUGUUGGCACCUGUCGAGAUCUAGAAAAGUCUUUUUUGAGACUCACAAAAGCACCAGAUGCAUCUGAAGUUCGUCCAACGGACGUCCUUCAAUACUCAUUAACAAAUGUCCAGAACAAAUGGAAAGAGAAACAAGAUUACUACUAUGCCUGCGAUCAACUCAAAUCGAUUAGACAGGACUUGACUGUUCAAGGAAUAAGAGAUGAAUUCACCGUCAAAGUCUAUGAGACUCAUGCAAGAAUUGCAAUGGAGAAAGGAGAUCACGAAGAGUUUAAUCAGUGCCAAACACAACUCAAAAUGCUCUACAAUGAGAUUGGCGGUGAAAAUCAGCUAGAAUUCCUGGCAUAUCGAGUCUUAUAUUAUAUUUUCACAAAAAAUACUCUUGAUAUGUCAUCAAUUCUUAAAUCACUGUCAGUUGAGGAGAGGAGCAGUGAAUGUAUAGCACAUGCAUUGAAACUGCGUUCAGUUUGGGCUCUUAAUAACUACUCGAGAUUCUUCCAACUUUACAGGAAAUCACCGAAAAUGAGUGGAUUCAUAAUCGAUUGGUUUGUCGAGCGCGAGCGGAAGUUAGCAUUGAAAAAUUGGAUCAUCAAAGUCUAUCGACCAAACAUAAGCAGCGAGUUUAUUAAAGAAACAUUGGCAUUUAGUGAUCUCAUAACAUGCGUGGAAUGGUUGAUGUCGCUAGGAAUUACAUUUGUUAAUGAUGACGAUAAGAAAAUUGUUGAUUGUAAAACAAGCAUGAAUGCGGUUUCGGCGCUUUAGAGUUUUUCGAAAAAAAUAAUGGAGAAAACGGAGAAGAGAUUAGUGAAUAAUAUUAGUGCAUUUGAUUCUGCUCUAUAAUAUAAUAACAUAUAAAUGAACUUAUUUAUGAACAAUUUAAAACAAAUUGAUUAGUGAUGAAUUGAGGUCGUUAAAAAUCCUCGAUGUCCUAGUAUUUCGUUGUAUAUGCUUCUCGCACUCGUCAGAUUAUCAUCAAUAUAGACUUAUCAAGUAUCAAAAAAUAAUAAUAAUAAUUUCGUAAUUAGAAAUGUGCAAACAAAAAAGAGACAAUAUCGAUAAAUAAUGGCGGUUGUGAUAUUAUUUCUCUCUAAAAAAAGAAUCAUCAAGAAGCAUCCAUAAAAGUUGUUGUUGUGUUUGAAAGCUGCUAAGAAACAUUAUAAAGUGAAUUGUGUGGACAGUGUGAGCAAUUAUGGACAAUUGAAUGCUCAAGCAAGUGGUUUUGAACAAUUAAAGCAGCUGACAUUCAACGAAUAUUAUCUUCCAAAAUUGUCCAAAAACCCUUCCAUAAAAAAAUCACAUUAAUACUGAAAGUUACUGUAUAUUAUUCCUGUACAUAAAAAGAAUAGUUAAAAAAAUCCUUUAUCAAAGACAAUUCUAUCACUGAAUUUACUUAGUGUGGUCGAUGAAGAAGCCAUAAAUCAUUUUUUUUUGUUGUUGUCUCGAUGAUUAUCAUUUCCUCACUGAAAUUUACUUCCUUAUUAUUUAAAUAAACUGUUUUUAUUAAAAUAAUAAUUUAUUAUCAAUUUAUAGUUCUUCCAAUUCGACACAAUAUGAAUUCCAUCGGCUCAGAACAAUAAUAAAGGAUCGGAAGAAUUUCCCUUUAAAAAAAUAUUAAUUUAUUUGUGCUUUAUUCAAAUUUUAUUACAGAUUUAUAAGAUUUACAGGUUGUGAAUUUUGAGAUUUGGCAUUCUCUAGAAUUGAAUGUGAUGUACUCUAUUGUUCUUGUUUUCGUUGUGAUCAAAAUGGAGAAUUAUAUGGAUUCUUUAAUUCAUAAUCUAGAAGGUACAAUUAAACAACUGGUUUAAGGACUGACAAAGAGUCUUUUCCCUUUGAAUGGAAGAUUGAAGAAUAAACAAUAAUUUCAUCACUGAAAGUUCGAAUGAAAACUUUCCUGUUUCUAAUCCUUAAUCAAAUAGAGAUUAAAAGCUGAAAAGACUUGGUUGGAACUAUAUUCAGCAUGUUUUUUGGGUUCUGAAUCUUAGUCCUAGCAUUGUAAGAAUCCUUGUCAUAUCGACAAGACUAUAAUAAUGAUUAAGAGACCGACACUGGUGGGAAUUGAACCCACGUGCUCACAGAAAAGGGUAACAAAUUUUCGGUGUGUUGUUUUACCACUCACGCGAUAAAGGCCUAAUUCUUGAACUGACAGAUUCGCCUAUAUAUGUUUCGAUACCACAGAUUCCACUCGGAUCAGAGCGGACAACAUAAACAUAACAACUAAUCUAAAGAAUGCUUCCAUUUAAACUUCAAAGCUUUGAUACCAAAGUAACUGAAUUCUAGUUCCGAUAUAAAUUACAUAAAUAGAGUACACUAGAUUUAUAUUAUAUAUAUAUUUUUUUCAAGUUC